AUGUAUCAUCACAGCCUUCGUCAAGAUGUCUUUAUAAAGGAAGAGCACCAUUAUUUAAACGUUCCUAAAGUUGGAACAUUCACAGUGUAUGACAGCCUUGACUGCACCUUUGAAUGCCUUGGCAAUCCUUCCUGUUUGUCCUUCAACCUGGCAGCUUACAAAGGAGCAGAUGGAAAGUUGCGGUGUGAGUUGUUAUCCUCAGAAAAGUACAGCAAUCCUGAGGAAUAUAAAAGGAACGAGAGUUUUCAUCACUUUUCCAUCAAGGUGGGGUAAAAUCUUUGCACAGAGUUUAUUAAAGUGAGAUAUUUUUUGAUAUCCCAGUCUAUGCGAUUUUUAAUAACCUGUCACGAACACGAAUCGACGUAAAAGUGACUACUGCACCUAACAAGUCGGGGUUAUUCAGUCGAAUGUCACUUUCUCACCGAUCAUUUUUUUCUGCAAUCAACACUUUUACGCAAUAAAAAUUACCUUAAUUAUAUGGCAUUUGACAUCGACCUUUUUUAAAAUUAUUUCAGACUCCAUGCAUGUCAUCACCUUGCCAAAACGGAGGCACCUGUGUAGCGAACUACAAGUAUCACUCGUUUGACUGCCGUUGCAAAGAAGGAUUUUAUGGAGAAUUUUGUGAAAAAGGUAAUUGAUAUUCAGACCGGGGCCCCCGUUCAAGACAGGACAUUUAUCUGGGAACAUUUUUAAGGCGUUGUGACGUUUACGUCAACAUUGAUGUUACCAUGGCAACCGAGUUUUGACAGCCAUGUGUUUCAAAAUUUGCAUUUUCUUUAAAAAAUAGGUUUUAUUUCUUUUUUUUUUUACUCAUUGAAUUAUUACGUUAUCUACUUCUUUUUUUUCAGUUGCCAAGUCAUGCCAAGACGCUUAUAAUCAGCUCACAGAAAAGUGAGUAAACCUAUGCAAUUUGUGUUGCAGAGAAUGUAGAUAUCACUUAAUUAAUUGUUAGAAUUUGUAUCUUGGCUGAUGGAUUCUAUUUCUGCCUCUAUUCUCCACUCUGGAAACUUAGGGUUAUUAGAGACCUAAACUCGUAAAAACUGUUGAAUUUUUAAAACAAAUGAUUGGUACUGUUCAGAUAAUAAAAACCAUAAACUAUGAACACUACUAUCCUGCACUGAAAGCCCUCCACCAAAAGAAGUUGUUGAUAAAAUGCAGUUGAACGCCUCCCUUUCGCUUAAUACGAACACCUGUAUAAAACGGAUGGUUCGUUUGUACCCACAAAAAGUUCAGAUAUUUCAGUGCUCAUAAGUUAACCUGGUUAAUAUGGAAAACGAACACUUUUCUGUGUCCCGAGUCUCAAACUGUCAUAUAAUAAUUACCGUAAACUCCCUCGGGAGGUCCUCAAUAAAGUUUUAUACGGGGAAGCUCUGCCCCGAGGUCCAACUCCUUACCUUUUACGCCUGUCAUUUUUGCAGAAAAGGUACUUCUUUCGUAUCCCAUUCCAUCCCUUUUGGAAAUUUAGAUUGGACUGAGACUGUACUGAAUUCCAUUCAUUUAUUUUUGUAAGAAAGAGCGAACCUUUUUUUUUUUUACAACCAGUUAAAGUACAUUCCAUUUUCUCUCUCCGACAAUUGGGAGCUGGAAAAAUUAAAAUGAGAUUUCAUUUUGUACAGGUUGAACGUGACUCAGUUGGUCACUCUCCUCGUUGACUCCAAACUAUUUUCAGUUCUCUGUCACUUUGGAAAUUUUGGAUGCGGAGAUGGAGGAUGGACACCGGUCAUGAAGAUGGACGGCAACAAGAUAAGACAUUUGUGUACGUUUUCCCUUAGUUUGGCGACGAGAGUGGAAAAAAAUGUGUUAUUAAUAAUUAAAUACAUGCAGGUUUACCGCCGUCAGCGGUAAUUUCAAUUAUCCUAGCCUGUGAUUACAGCCGUUUCUCCUUGCUCCUCGUCGCUAGGUACGUUUCAUCAGGAGGAACGUCUGCACCUCAGCGACAGAAAUUCCAUACUAAUGACGUAAGAUUGUAAAAUUUUCUGGGGGAGCAUAAACCCAGCCUCCGAGUUUGAAGCGCCCGCGGCACUCUAACUUUUCUUCUCGUUGGUACAUGCUAAGUCCCUGGAUCUGAAAGAUUUAAGUAUUGAGAACACCUUUAAGCUUCUGGAAUAUCUCGGUCAGUAGCAGAGGUCAUCCGCCCUUCCUGUCAGACGAUGUGAAGGUUUUUAUCAAAACACGGAAGCCUGGUCUCUGUACUUGCCAAUACGCGAGAGUUAUUAAAGAUAAUUAUAUUCAAUUCGGCAUUUUUCAAUCGCCCCAGACCAACUAAUGAUUACGGAGUGCAGUACUUGUUUACUUUUUAUUCUAUCGGUAACCUGUGUCAGGCUCUUAGAUAGUAGGGACAUCAGUGCCUUUGUAUGGGUGUUUCCGACGAAAUCGAACGCGAACACCGCCAUUGGUUGCGCUGAGCUUGCCAGUAGCGUUACCACGCAAAAAAAUGCUCAAUAUGCGAAGUAGUUUACUAUGCCUUUUGUGUGCCUUCCCUUAAUUAAUAUGUGUAAGGGUCGAGUCUAUGACGUCACCCAUUGUUAUAACCAAGGGAAAAAGUGCCUUCCUCCAUACUAAUGAGGGUCUUCCUGCAUACUAAUUCGGUAUAGGUUUAAUAAUGAGUGUCUCCCUUAUUCAAUAGAAAUAAUAGACUUGCCUAGACUUGCCCGGUAAGUAACUUGAGCCCGGUUUUCGGACCGUCUAUUAAAAGGAAAAUAGGAGCGAUCACCUAGCAACGCGAGAAACGGCUUCCUAUAUCUUAUUUAGCGCUAAAACUCGGAUAUAUAUACAAAACACACGCACAUAUACACAAAUUGGAGCUGAAAACGCUGUAUUUCAAGUUUGUCUGACUAUUACAGAACCGUUUCUCCCAUCUGUCUCGAGGAAAUAAAAAACUAUUUAAGUCUCAGCGUUUCACGCACCGUUAGUCAGUUAAUUAUGCGAGUUCACAAGCCCACCGUUGCAUACAAAUUAUUCUGCAAUAAAAAACCCAAGAGAGAACCUUGACUCAUUAUUAUAAAAACAAUAAAAACAUAAAAUAACUUAACAAGGAUCAAUUGAAACACGCGACUCAUAAAUGUUAGCAAUAAAAUCAGACACGAGAUUUCGUUUUAAAAACCAAUAACAAAAGGAGUCAAAUACACAGCGAUUUGAAAGGAAAAGGAAUGAAAAAUUAAUCCUUUGACUGACUAUUACAAAUCAGUUUUCUCCGUUGUAUUUGAUAGAUAGAUAGAUAGACUGCGAUAGAUAGAUAGAUAGAUAGAUAGAUAGAUAGAUAGAUAGAUAGAUAGAUAGAUAGAUACUUUAUUAUAAACACCAUUGCAGCCAUAGGCUGAAUCACGGGAUAUUUACAAAUACUGAUGAUAACAAAGAGAAAAUUAAAUAAGAAAAAUUAUCUACAUCUUAUAGACAUGGCUAAAAAUAAAACUUUUCUUCAAACGCUCGGUUUUACAUAGGGGGAGAGUGAAAUCACUUUUGCGUCUCAGAGCAUAUUUACAACUCUUCCUUUGGGGAGGAGGCUAUGGAGACUGUGGGUGGGGUUACAGACGUAACCGAGGAAUAAUGAAUAAGGAAUAAUAAAGGAAUAAUAGAUAAUCCUUCAGUGUCUACACAAUUUCCUUAUGGCCUCUAAGCCAAGAGUUCGACUUUUUUUGUUUCUUUCGGUUUGUCUUGUCCUUUGUAGUUGUUCUUUUAGCUUUUGCUUUAAAGGAGGCUUCAUUUAUUCGUGAUCUAGACAGUUCGUACACUGUUUCUUGUGUCUGCACUGGAUUGCGAGUACUAGUUGAGUGAUUUUUUCCGGAAUUAUCCGCUCCACUUUCGUAAACGACGACUUUCACUUUAGGUUGCAGUUUCGCCUCUUGUAAAUACUGUCUUAGCUGCAUGUGGUCUAACUGAUGAACAUCCGCGAGAUGGUUAGCUAAUCUGACAAGGUACUUCGCCCCGCACAAUGAAAUCGGACAGUUUCUGCAAACUCUCUUGUAAACCAUGUAGCCUGACAGCUCGAUGACUGAAUACAAAUGACAUCUUCAUCGCAAAUAGUCAUGUUAUAUAGAAUGUCAGAAAGGCCAAACACAAGCCAGAAAGGCCAUAACCAGGCCUGAAAGGCCAAAACCAGGCCAAAAGGGACAAAAGGAGACAAACGGGCCAUUUCUAGUCAUGUGUCUUUAUUUUUUCUCAGACACACGCGUGGGUGUCGCGCAUCGCUAGUCACGCAACACCUCUCAACAUUGGAAUCAUCAUCUUUAUUAAGUGUAAUCACAAAUAACAGUGCCUAAUUAAAAAGGGUUUGACCGUGAAUAAGUAAUUUCAGAUUAGUAAUUUUCAAUUACACAAGAUGAAGACUAGUCCAAGUAUGAAUGUUAUAGAAUUAUUUUUUUCCUGGACCUUUGUAUUGAUGCGUUUCAAUAAAAACUGUAAACAACCACACUUUAAGAGUGUUUUAUUGCUGACCUGAAAAUAAUAACAAUAAUAGUAAACUUGUACAAUAAAUAAAACAAAUCUGAAAUUACUAAUUGAAAAUUACUAACUAGGAACUAGACAGAGACUGAGUUAAGUUAUGCGGGUGAUUCAGUAACAAGAUCUUAAUUCUGGAUUGGUAGGAAUAUAAGGAGGGGGCGUCGCGAAUUCAAUGUUGUACACAUCAGUAAUUUAACGUUCAAUUAAUUUGACGGCCAAGUACUUGUUUCUCUCACAGCAAACUUUUAACUACAGUUCCACUCUCUGGAGCAACAAAGAAACCUUUAACCUUGACGGAGGGAANCAUAACCAGGCCUGAAAGGCCAAAACCAGGCCAAAAGGGACAAAAGGAGACAAACGGGCCAUUUCUAGUCAUGUGUCUUUAUUUUUUCUCAGACACACGCGUGGGUGUCGCGCAUCGCUAGUCACGCAACACCUCUCAACAUUGGAAUCAUCAUCUUUAUUAAGUGUAAUCACAAAUAACAGUGCCUAAUUAAAAAGGGUUUGACCGUGAAUAAGUAAUUUCAGAUUAGUAAUUUUCAAUUACACAAGAUGAAGACUAGUCCAAGUAUGAAUGUUAUAGAAUUAUUUUUUUCCUGGACCUUUGUAUUGAUGCGUUUCAAUAAAAACUGUAAACAACCACACUUUAAGAGUGUUUUAUUGCUGACCUGAAAAUAAUAACAAUAAUAGUAAACUUGUACAAUAAAUAAAACAAAUCUGAAAUUACUAAUUGAAAAUUACUAACUAGGAACUAGACAGAGACUGAGUUAAGUUAUGCGGGUGAUUCAGUAACAAGAUCUUAAUUCUGGAUUGGUAGGAAUAUAAGGAGGGGGCGUCGCGAAUUCAAUGUUGUACACAUCAGUAAUUUAACGUUCAAUUAAUUUGACGGCCAAGUACUUGUUUCUCUCACAGCAAACUUUUAACUACAGUUCCACUCUCUGGAGCAACAAAGAAACCUUUAACCUUGACGGAGGGAAAACUGGGUUUGACUUGCAGGAGACCAAACUUCCCUCCUACUGGAACAUAUCCUUCUCCAAGAUCUGCCUCGGUAUGAAGAUCAAUGACAACCAGCCCAAGUUUAUUGUUAUCAACAAGCAGGCGAACUCCUUCUACUCUCUGAUCACUGAUGGCCAAUACCGCGCCACCUCAUUGGGUCGUGACACGUGGAAGUUGCUGAUUGGUUCUGAUGCCUCUUUGCAGCUCAGCUGUAACAAGGAAGGGUUCAAUGUUGUUAGUGAUAAUCCUGGUAAAUCCAAAGCAAGAAUCGGGAUCAUUAGUAACGACCAAGACCAUUGCGUCUCUUGCAACUCUAGAAUUGGAUUUGGCACAGGUGGAAAGCCUGAUGAGAGCAACUCAUGUGGAAACGAGGCUAGCAAAGAGUCAGAUAAAGGUAGAAAACAUAUUAAGACAAUGGGAUAUAUUUUGGUGCAGUAA